UCCGCGAGCCAGUUCCGACGUAGAGAGCGGACGACUAAGACUAAUCCUAAUAGAGUUGUGCGCCUACCGGCCGUUUCCGCGCCACCGUGUCCGCGCUUCCUUCCUUUCGUGAAACGGGAGAGAACCCGCGAGGUACGUGCGUGUUGUCCAUGCCAGUCGGCCUGCGAUCCUCGUCCGCCAGUGAUCCACCAACCAGUCGCGAUUAAUAUGGGCGCCUGGAUGUCCUGGCUGAUCCUGCUGCAGCUGUCGUCCGUGUUCGCGCAUGGCUACGACAACGUGGGAUUCGACGGCUGGUAUCAACCGGUUCCGCAUCGGCCGGUCGACAUCAUCACAGACGUUAUUAACGACCUAGGCGUGCGGAUUCUGCAGCAGUACACGGUCCAUGGGAACGUUGCAUUCUCGCCGACGGGGGUUGGCUUCGUCCUGGCCGCGCUCUACGAGGGCUCGGCCGGCAGAGGAAGACAGCAAAUCGUCGAUGCUCUCGGCCUACCGAGGGAUCGAGACAUCACCAGGAUCGGUUUUCGCGAUAUUCAUCGUAGAUUGAGGACGUAUCUGAACGCGGACGGAUUUCUCGGGGGUUUGACACUCAAUCACGAGAACACAAGAUUGAGGCCUGAAUACGAGGACAUUCUGAGAUUCUAUGGAUUCGAUUUGUCCAUUCCUGAAGAGGAAAUGAACGAAACUACUUUUGUUCCUGAAACAACGAAUAGCGUGAUGGUGACUGAACAAUCAACGAUAGAAACGAAGACGAUAAUUCCUGUUGAAAUUACCACGCAAUCUAUUACUACACAAGAUAUGCAGAGUUCUGAGACCACUAGUGAAACACCAAUAUCGACUACAUCCUCGGUGGAGUUGACUGGAAUAACCUCAAGCACGAUAGACGAGCAGGAUAAAUUGACGCAAACUACUCCUGCUGUUACUGUUUUAACGAAUAAUCCUAAUGCUGCCACUACCGUGUCAAGUUCGAUCGUAACUUCAUCAUCCAUCGAGACAACGACGACCUCUUCGAUACCUACGAUUAUUAUGCCUAACUUAAUUACAACUUCAUCUUCCGAGAUAGUAACUACGCCAUUCAUUACUAAUACACCAUCUUCUACUACACCUUCUAUUACUUCUACUACUCCUAUUCUAAUUACUACUGUAGCUUCUACAAUUUCUGAAGAACCACAGACAACCGUUGCAAAUCUUACUCAACCUAUAACUACAGCUACUUUGUCUAAUCAAUCUCCAAGUACCGAGAAAAGUACGAGUACUUUGUCAACUUCAAGAAGUACUUCCACUCCAUCUACUACUACUAUUACUACUACUACUACUACUAGUACUACUUCUAUUCCAUCUUCCACUUCUGAAACACCAUUACCAUCUACCACGUUAAUAAUCGUAGAAACUCCAGAAUCGACAACCAUUUCUACCGAUCAAACGACCGAAGAAUCUGUAAUUAUGACUGAACCUAUCCCAGAGUCAACGAUCAUGCCACCGAUAACAUCUGCGCCGAUAAACGCAGGAGUCACUGUCACCGUGUCAUUCACAGAAAUGUCGGCAACUCUACCAGUCAAUAUCACGGAAAUCUCGACGAAUUCGACGAUCCCAACAACUCAGACAAACGAAAUGUCCAUUAAUGAGACUAGUAGGUUCACGAAUAAACCUGACGACGAGAAUACUAUUUUAGUGGACUCUUUGAACAAUCAAUCGUCUGUCUCAAACGAGAUGGAGUCUACCGAACCAGUCACGACGACUGUUGCGGGUGAAAUCGGGUCGAUUGGACAAGAGAAGAUGAUGAGUCGAAGGAAGCGUAGUGACAGGAGCCCCAGGGGAUUCUUUUCUAGUUAUCCAGACGAAGGGAUUUGGAUGCAAGAUCUAGGCAUCUGGAAACCCUAUUCCACAAGUUUGAACGAGGCAUCCGUCAGAGACUCGACAGAGAUAUCAUUCUUAGUAAACGGUUGCGACGUCUCUUCCGUUACAGCCUCAAGAUACUUCGCCGUUUUACCUUUUGCCUAUUUCCCAUCGCUGCACGCGGUCGCCCUUGAGUUUCCGCUUGAUGAUCCUAGAUACAAUAUCAUCCUCAUGAUGGCCACGGAUAGAAGGGACACGUACCGAUUGGCCAGAGAUCUCGGCGGGAAGUCGUUAAGACUGUUGCGGAAGCAGUUACAGGCCACUUGGGUCAGGGCCACCAUUCCGUCCUUCAUGUUGCGCGGUUUUGUCACACUGACGUCUUUCCUUCAAAGGUUGGGAAUUUUGGAUGUGUUCGAGCCCAGAACAGCCGAUCUCUCGCCAAUGACACCUGACCUAGGUGUGUACGCUAGAGACGUGCAGCAGAGCAUCGGUGUGAACAUCAGAAAUUAUAUGAAACCCGACAGGACCCAUUCUCGUAAUGGAUUAUUCGAGAGGGCAGGUCCAGUGCCAUUUACAGUUGUCCAUCCGUUCCUCUACUUCAUCGUCGACGCGGAAACCUCGGUGGUUCUGAUCGCUGGUCGUGUCAACGAUCCGCUCAAUUCGCGAAUUUUGUAGAAUUUUUAUCCUACUUGGGAAC